GUACCGGUUCUCUCGGUGAACUAGUUUCUAGAGCGCCGUGAUGAUUGUUUUAAAUACGGAACAACGGAGCACGUUGACCGCGUCGAUGGGGGUUCAGGACUCAAACAGGCCCGCCACUGGACCGGUCCAUUUCUGGACCUUGACCCACCAGCCCAGUAUCACGGCAGCUCCUGACAUCAAAAGGGCGGUGUUUACCGGGGGGGGAUGCGUGCGCACAUGCGCGUCCCUCCCUCCUGAUGUCUGGAUACCAGCGCGUGUAAAGGGGAUUUGAACUUGCAGCCUCCUGAGAGGAGGAACAGCGAACAUCUGCAGGAGAGGAGCAGCGGAAACGAGCCACAUCCGGGGACUUCUUGGGGAAAGUUUUGAAGUGAUAAAACCAGCACCAGGAACCGGAUUUAUAUUUUAUUAUUAUUUAAUUAGGAUUUACAAGACCGUGUGGAGAUGCUUCCACUGGUCCUCACACACCUGCUCGGCCUUGUGUGUCUGAGUGCUGCUCGUCCUCAUCCAGCUCCACCACACUCCAUGACGAUGCAGAAGAAUCGUCCGGCGACCGGCUCUUUGGCGGGCCGCGUGGUUCUGCCGUGCCACUUCUCCAUCACGCCGGGUUCUCCCGGCGGGUCGCCACACGCCACGCAGACGCUUCCACCCGGACCGCUCCACCCCGCUCCUCACAGUCCCGAGGAGGAGCUGAGGAUCAAGUGGACGAAGCUGCAGGAGGAUGGGCGGGAGGAGGUGGUGCUGGUGGCCCAGGGAGGUGUGCUGAAGGUGGGGCAGGCCUACAUGACGAGGGUGUCGGUGCCGAGCCAUGCGCUGUCAGCCGGGGACGCCUCCCUGAUGGUGGUGCAGCUCAGGACCAGCGACGCGGGGCUCUACCGCUGUGAGGUCAUGCACGGGAUGGAGGACACCCAGGACACCAUCAGCCUCAACGUCACCGGUGUGGUGUUCCACUACAGAGCUAAAAGCAGCCGCUACACCCUGGACUUCCCUCAAGCCGUGCAGGCAUGUCACUCUGCAGACGCCGCCAUCGCUACGCCCGAACAACUCAUGGCUGCCUUUGAGGACGGCUUGGACCAAUGUGACGCCGGCUGGCUCGCCGACCAGUCGGUCAGGUACCCAAUCACAGUGCCCCGUCCCGGCUGUGGAGGUAAUCUGAAGAACAGACCAGGAGUGAGAACAUACGGCGUCCGCAACCCCACGGAGAAGUACGACGUGUACUGCUACGUCGAUAAACUACACGGCGACGUCUUCUUUCCGUCCUCCGUCAGAGAAAUGCUCACGCUGCAGCAGGCCAGAGACGAGUGCGAGAAGCACAACGCCGUGUUGGCGUCGCCCGGUCAACUGUACGCGGCCUGGAGGGCGGGGCUUAACCGCUGCAACUACGGCUGGCUGUCGGACGGCAGCGUCCGCUACCCCGUCACCGUCCCCUUGCCUCAGUGUGGGGGAGGCCUGCUGGGGAUCCGCACGCUCUACAAGUACCAAAACCAAUCCGGCUACCCGAACCCCACCGACAGACACGGACUCUACUGCUUCAAGGAUCUGCUGUCGUGCUCCUCCUCCGAGUGUCGCAAUGGAGGCUCCUGCUACAAGAAACACACACAGCAGAUCUGCGUCUGUGCACCUGGAUACACUGGGCCUCGCUGUGAAGCAGAGGUGGACGAGUGCCGGUCCAACCCCUGUCUGAACGGAGCCACCUGUCUGGAUGCAGUCGGCUCCUUCACCUGCCUCUGUCUGCCCAGCUACUCAGGAGAGCUCUGUGAGCAAGACACGGAAGUUUGUGGAUUCGGGUGGAAGAAGUUUCAGUCUCACUGCUACAAGUACUUCACACACCGGCGGACGUGGGACGCCGCGGAGAGGGAGUGCCGGAUGCACGGCGCCCACCUGGCCAGCAUCCUGUCUCAUGAGGAGCAGCUGUUUGUCAACCGUCUGGGGAGCGGCUACCAGUGGCUCGGCCUGAACGACAAGAUGUUUGAGAGAGACUUCAGGUGGACGGACGCAAACCCAAUGCAAUACGACCACUGGAAGCCGAACCAACCGGACAGCUUCUUCCAUUCGGGGGAGGACUGUGUGGUGAUGAUCUGGCACGAGGGAGGACAGUGGAACGACGUGCCCUGCAACUACCACCUGACCUUCACCUGCAAGAAGGGGACAGUGACCUGCGGGCAGCCCCUGGUGAAGGACACGCACGUGUUCGGGGCGGUGAAGCCUCGCUACGAGAUCAACACCCUGCGGCGCUACCACUGCAACCAGGGCUUCAUCCAGAGACACGCCCCCACCAUCCGCUGCCGGGACAACGGCCAAUGGGACGCUCCCAAAGCCACCUGCACCAGCCCCGCGACCUACCACAGGGCUCUAAGUUCCCGGCGCCGCAACGAGCAACAGAACCGGCCCGCUGACCACCACGUGGACCACGUGCAGCCCCCCAUGAGUCCUCAGGAGCCCGAUCCGAGCCGAGAGCAGCAGCCACCGAGCCCCUGAUUGGUUCGUGGGUUUUCGAAGAGGAGCUGAUUGGUGGCAGCCGGUCCAGAGGCAUCGAUAGACGGAGAGACUGAACCGCCUACCGAUGCCUCUGGAAAGGACGAGGGAGCUGUUGCACCAGGUCAUUGACCCCCCCCCCCCACCCCCCCCAGUUACUUUCAUUUGCCCUGAACAGGAAGUCCGGUGCCUUCACAGCGAGGCUUCUUUACACCUCAAACAUCAUUAAAGUUCACGAGUGGAGAUCAUCUUGAUGAACCAAACCCGGAACAUUCAUAUAGGUUUUGUUUUUCUGUAACAAUCCCAAAAAAACAGAAGAACAAUCCCAUUGGCUGUUUGUGGAAGGAAACCGGUGAUGACGACUUCCUAAAUACUUCCUCCCUGUCGAACUCUAGGGGCGGGACGUCAUCUUUAAACUGUCGUUGUACGUUGACCAAUCAGAGGUCUGUAGUCUUCCCCCUCUCGUAUCGGCCGAACCACGACGAGCCGGUACCGAAGACCCGAAUACCAAACCACACAAGUAGUAUAUAAAGGGUGGCUGACGACGCUUCAAUAGUCCUGUUGUUUCUCGACCCAGAGACCCAAAACACAACGUGGCCCAGUCGAUGCUCUUUAAAGAGGAUAACCCAUAAAAAACCUGGCUGCAUAGUGCUAAGGCUCCACAGGGGGCCUUUUAUCACCACGGGAGACUUCCAGUUAAGUAUUGAGACGACGAAGGGCAUGAAUUCAUCACUUUUUAAAUUAUUACCGCAGGGCAUUUUUCUAAUUGGUUCAGUUUCGCCUCGUUUGGAUCGAUUUUUACUGGCUGAAGUCCACGUGUAGAUUUUUGUACAAAAGCUUUUUUUUUUAAACAAAAAGGAAGAUUUAAAAGGCGGCACACUUUAAAGAGGAGAUUAUUAUGAAUGUGCGUGUGCUAUUAAUCAUAGGAUAUAUAUUCUAAAUACUAUAUGAAGCCAUAUAAAUUUAACUUAUUGUAUACUUUAAAGCUAUGAAUGGACUGUGAUGUUAGAUGAAAGGUUUGUCUUCCAGCAAAACAUUUCUUCCAUCUUUGACGGUUAAAUAAUCUGGUAUCUGGGAUUUUAGUCCAACAAAUAAAGGGAAAUGUGAAAGAAAUGUGCAACAAGGUUUAGUUCUGUGACUUUUGUACAUUUGACCUCCGCUUCGUGUUUUCUUUUUUGACGUAUUGUUUGUUGCCGUUUAUGCAUUUUGUUUUCCGUGGCACGAGAUGAUGAUGUUCAUGUAAUCGUUGUUUCUUUCUCCAAUCGAGUUGCUGUAAAAACUAAAAGAUUGUCCGUCA